AGGGGGAGGCGACCGGACGCCCCCGCCGCAGGCAUCGGCCCCAAGGCCGCGUGGCUGAGCUGCUGCUGCUGCUGCCGCCUUGGAGAGCCAGGGAGACGCAAGGCGCGCCCGGGCCGGCCUUUGGUGCUGGGGCAGCGCCUGCCUCUCCUCGUGGCCGGCGAAGGGACGCCCGCGCGCCCCGCCCCUGGGCCGGCCCAGAGGCGAAGUUGGGCCGGCUCGCCCUUGCGCACUGCGCGGCGUGCCGGCUUGGGGAGGCCAGGAGGGCGGGCGCUCCUCGGGCACGCCAGAAGCCGCUGCCGGCGCCGGAGCGCAAGCAGCUCGCUCGCCUCCUGCCUGCGCUGCCCGCCAGCCGCGCUCCUCUCCUCCCCGGCGUGCGCCCUGGUGCCUCGCGCCUCGCCCAUGCUCCGCGCUCUCCGGCGGGGACCCCGCAGCCCCCCAUGACCCUGAGCGGGCUCCGGCGGAGACAGCAAGGCGGCGGGGGCCGAGGAGGAGCAGGCGGCAGCGGUCGACCCCCUUCCGCCGCCCCGGCCUGCCCUCUCUGCCGCUGUCGCCGCCGGCCCCCCAAGAUGAUCCCCUACUUCUCCGACGACGCCGUCAUCUCCCAGAACGCCAUCAACCAGCUCAUUAGCGAAAGUUUUCUCACGGUAAAAGGUGCCGCCCUCUUCCUCCCGCGUGGAAAUGGAUCCUCGACCCCCAGGAUCAGCCACCGGCGCAACAAGCAUGCAGGUGACCUCCAGCAACACCUCCAAGCAAUGUUCAUGCUGCUCCGCCCAGAGGACAACAUCAGGCUGGCUGUGAGACUGGAAAGCACGUACCAGAACCGCACUCGAUACAUGGUGGUGGUCUCAACUAAUGGUCGGCAGGACACCGAGGAAAACAUCGUCCUGGGAAUGGACUUCUCCUGCAACGACAGCAGUGUUUGUACAAUGGGGCUGGUCCUGCCACUCUGGAGCGAUGCCUUGAUUCAUCUGGAUGGCGAUGGGGGCUUCAGCGUCUCGACAGAUAACCGGGUGCACAUCUUUAAGCCUGUGUCUGUGCAAGCCAUGUGGUCUGCCCUGCAGAGUCUCCACAAGGCCUGCGAAGUGGCCCGCAUCAACAACUACUACCCGGGGAGCCUUUUCCUCACGUGGGUCAGCUACUAUGAGAGCCACAUCAACUCGGACCAGUCCUCCGUCAACGAAUGGAACGCCAUGAAAGAUGUCCAGUCCCACCGACCCGAUUCGCCUGCCCUCUUCACGGACGUCCCAACAGAACGGGAACGCACAGAACGUCUCAUCAAGACCAAGCUGAGGGAAAUCAUGAUGCAGAAAGAUUUGGAGAACAUCACAUCCAAGGAGAUCCGCACGGAACUGGAGAUGCAGAUGGCUUGCAACUUGCGGGAGUUCAAGGAGUUCAUUGAUAACGAGAUGAUCGUCAUCCUGGGCCAGAUGGACAGCCCCACGCAGAUCUUUGACCACGUCUUCCUGGGUUCAGAGUGGAAUGCCUCCAAUCUGGAAGAUCUGCAGAAUAGAGGGGUGCGGUACAUUCUGAACGUCACCCGAGAAAUCGACAACUUCUUCCCUGGCGUCUUUGAGUACCACAACAUCCGUGUUUACGACGAGGAGGCAACAGAUCUCCUGGCUUACUGGAACGACACCUACAAAUUCAUCUCCAAAGCAAAGAAGAACGGAUCCAAGUGCCUGGUUCACUGCAAGAUGGGGGUCAGCCGGUCGGCCUCCACGGUGAUUGCCUACGCCAUGAAGGAGUACGGCUGGAACCUUGACCGGGCCUACGACUACGUGAAGGAGCGCCGGACGGUCACCAAGCCCAACCCCAGCUUCAUGCGGCAGCUAGAGGAGUAUCAGGGCAUCCUCCUGGCCAGUAAGCAGCGUCACAACAAGCUGUGGCGCUCGCACUCCGACAGCGACCUCUCCGACCACCACGAGCCCAUGGGCAAGUCCGGGAUGGAGGUCAGCAAGAAGGAGAUCACCACGUCGGCGGACCAGAUCUCGGAGAGCAAGACCUCCUGCGGCCACCACCACCACGUGCCCAUGUCUCCGGGGCCCAUGUGCGCUGGUCCGCCCACGGAACCCUUGUGCCACCUGGGUGCCGAUGCCGCCGGGAACUUGUGCAGCAUCGAGCGGGUGGUGCAGCUGGAGAUCACCACGAGAGACUUCAAUACCGAGCAGAUGGAGGACAAGCUGAACUUGAACAACAUCAACGGGUGCUCCUCCGGUUGCUGCUUGGACGACUCAAAGUUCCCCCUGGAUAAUUGCAAUGCCUCGGAUGCCUUGCUGCAGCAGCGAGAGGCCUUGGGGCCAGCGGCAGAGUUCCCGGACUUGGCAGUGGACGACUUGGAGAAGGAUGCCCUCAAGCAAGGAGACGGGAACAUCCACCUUGUGCCCAUGGAAGAGCUGGAGUCUUGCUUGCAGGACGUCUCCAACCAUAACUCGCCCAGCCCCCCUCCUGUGACGUCCUUGCCGGAGGAGGCGGACUUUGGCGCUGACCGGAUCGACUUCUUCAGCGCCUUGGAGAAGUUUGUGGAGCUCUCUCAGGACAGCCGGCCACGGACUUGCUCCCACUCCAGGACGGAGGAUCAGGGGGGCGGGAGGAACGGUCUCUCCAAAGUGUCGGGGGGGCUGGAGCUGUCGCCCUCCAACCCCACAGAAGAUGCUCAAGGAAGCAACUCCUCAGACAACUCGCCCCAGCCGUCCGAGGGGUCCUCGGUGGAGGAGGAGCGGCUGAAGCUCUCCGAACCGAGCCGUUCAGGCGGCCUGACUCGCUCUCACUCUGAAAACGCCAUCUCUGUGAAAGACAUCAUCACCGAGAUCGAAUCGAUCCGCCAGGGGGUAGGGCAGGGACAGGCGAAGACGGACGCCUUGAACAAUCCGGUCCUGGUGUCGAAGAGAAACACGGUCCAUGAGCUCCCUGCCGAGUCGGCCUGGGAAAGCAAGCCUCGAAAAGCCGAGCCGGGCGAAGGCGGUGGCUCGGUCCCGAAGGAGGCGGCUAGUGAGCCUUUGAAACCGGACCGAGAAGCCGCUUCAGCCCAGCCGGUGCCUUCUUGUAAGCUGGACGUAGAAGACGGCGGCAACUCGGGAGAAGACUCGGCAGAGGGCCAUCCGAACCCCGGGCCCAAAUGGUGUCCUGGAUCAGUACGGCGUGCCACCCUGGAAUUUGAGGAGCGCCUGCGGCAGGAGCAGGAGCUGCUACACUCUACCCCCGUUGUCCUGCUACCCAUCCGGAAGAACUCCAGGAUCGAAUCCCCAGCGGUGGCCGACCCCACAGCGAAGGGGCCAUCUCACGAGCCAUCUCACGAGCAGGCCCAGUCCUCUGGGGAGAAGGUAGCCUCAAGAGCUGGGGGCGCAGAGACUGAGGCUAGUUUGAAUCAGCCCCCCGAAAUGCCACCGGCGUCUUCCCCCCCACGAGAUGGCCUGUUGGCAGAGCUGGAGGGGUUGGCCAGAGAGCACCGCUUGGUGGUUUCUCUGGAAAGCCCGGACAGCCUCCCUGCCCCUGGCCUUCUGCUUCCAAAAAGGAUUGAAAUCAUAGAGUACACCCAGGCGGUCAAGUUGCCCAGCCCCACUGGGCUGGGAAGGGGCCACACGCAAGAUGACUCGGAGGAAACCAAGAUGGCCACCACCUCGUUGGCGGUUGACGAAAACUGCAACGCUGCUUUGUGUUCCCAGAAUCCCCCGGGGCCUUCCGAGCCAGAGAGCAAAGACUUUAAGAAGGCCAUUUUUACCUUGGGUAGCCCUGGGGAAGAUGCUGUCAGAGGGCCGGCUGACAUGCACACCUCUCCUCCUGCGAGUCGGGCAAGGUGCCCCCCUCCGCCGCCCUCCCAUCGCCAGCCCUUCGUUUGCCUGCAGGGGGUCACUCAGGACAGCACAGGAACCGACCCUGAGCCGGCCCCUCUGGGGGGAUAUGCUGGCAACGGACAGUUUGCCUUUGAGGAGAGGGGAGGUGCUCUGCGCCGGAGGAGUGAGGGCGCUUUGACCCACUGGAGCCCAGAGGACUAUGACCCACACCCUCGUAAGGUGGGCGCGGGUGCCAACACCGUGGGGGCUGCUGCCGCACCUCUCCUUCGCUGCGGCCUUCCUCACAGCUCCAGCAGUGACAGCAUCAGAGAGCUGAGGGGGGACACAGUGAGGCAGUGGGCAAAGGACCUUGAGGCCCGGGUCUGGCAAGCAGGCCUCACGCUCCCUUCUCAGAUGAAGCGCUCAGCGUCGCUGGCAAAGCUGGGCGGCCUGAACUUGUCAAAAGACGACUUGCCCUCGGGGAACCCCUUCCCUUCCAGUGCCAGGCCAGCCGCUCCGGAAUCACUCCAGGCCCCCUCCGGCCACGGGGAAGCCCUCUCGCUGGGGGGCCUAGCUUUGCCAACGCCAGAACCUGCCCCGUUGUUGCCCGCCCCCCGGCCCACGGCACAUUUUGUCGAGCAGCUCAAGAUGGCGGCCGAAUCCAUCGCCCUGAGCAGCCCCGUGGAGAGGCCUCUGGCGCAGUAUGCCAAAGAGUUCAGCCUGGCCCGGCAGCUUCCGGGCGCGAAAUUGACUAGCCCCCCAGAGGCCCCGCUGCCAGGGUUGUUGGCGACGACUCCCCACCCGCCCCACUGGUUGGCUGUGCUCCCCCGGCCCCAGCAGGGUAGAACUCAACCGCCCAGAAGGCUGAGAAAGGCAAAUGACAGGAAACGAACCACCAACCCGUUGUACAACACCAUGUGAACUUCAGCCCUCGUCUCUCCCCCCUCUCCUCCCCCCACAACAACUUGACUUAUUUUGCAACACCCUUGUCGUGUUUUCUCCAAAUGGGGCAGAUGUAAUAUAUAUUGAAACAUGCACUUUAUUGGUUUAAUUUUUAUAUGUUCGUUAUUUUUUACUGUUUUGUUGCAUGUGGGUUUUGAGGUGGCUGGUUUUCAUGGUUCUCCCCCAUCCCACCCCCCUGUGCAAAUGACUGCAAGAUCACAAUUCCCCCCCCCCUUAUUUAAAAAAAAGUUUUAAACCCUUAACAAACCUCAACAUUUAAUUUUUUUUUUGGUCUUAAAAGAACACCCCUCCUUUAAAACAAAAGAGAGAAGGGAAGAAAAGUAUCUGAAAUGCUCUCUUUCAUUGGGCCAAAAGAAAGAUGCACUUUUAUUGUUUUAAAAAAAUUACAGAUUUUGUGGGAGAUGGGGAUGCAGAAGGAAGACAGGAGGGAAAGGGAAACCAUUGGGCGUGAGGGGUGUUCUCUUAAAACAAACUUCAUUCUUUUUCGGGGGUUUAACCCUUUCAUUACUUGAAUAAAGCUGGGGGCCUUUUCAAGAAUAUGGCCAUAUCAUCUGUUUCCUUUCUCCUCUUCCACCUCUUCCUUCCCCUUCUUUCCUCCUUCCCCAGUCCUGGAAUUGCCUGGCCUUCUCUCCCUGCUCUGUCUGAUACAAUCCAGAAGCUGACCGGUUUAUACAAAUAUAUACCCCCCACCCUUUGUGUUCUUCUCCAUCAUUCCCUGACGCUUCUCGCGGAAAGGGUUGUGUCUCUUACAUUGUACAUAACAGUCCUCAUGUAGAUAACUCAUGUUUGGGGGGGGCAUCGGCAUCUUUUCGUUUUGUUUCCAGAGGAAAGGGGCGAUCGGGCAUCUCUUCUGCAGACUGGAAAAUGGAUUCACCUAUUGAACAUCGUUUCCUCUGCGGUUAACCAGUGGCAAAUCUGCAAACACUUUCUGGAAUGGGCUUCACUUCUUUUCCCUUUUCCUCUCUUCCCUGUUAUUUCUUUCUUUAAAAGGUGAUUGUUUCUGUCAGCUUGUGCCAAAUGUAUGCAUGCUUCUCUCUCUGAAAAGCAAAGAAAUCCUUCAGCUUGCCUGACCUUCUUGUUCCCAAUGCAUUGUCUACAAGGCACAACUGCCCAGUCUUUUAGCAAGGACAUCUUGCUAAAAGGACUCCCCGUCUUGCGCACACAUGUGUGCCCGUUCUAUUUUAUUUUUUCUGGAGAUCAGGGUUUCGGUUGUUGUUGUUUUUUUAAUGUCCUCAGCAACACGCCCCGGUUGUGCUGAGUUCUGUGGUGCGCCAAGACCCCGUGUGUCAAACUGUGGUCCCAAACUAGCGCCUCUAAAUUUCCCAUGUUUUUAUGGAGGAGUCUUUUUACAUCUUCUGGUGCACCCAGGAAUCUUUGCAGGAAUAAAAUAAUAACCCUGCUUCCUAAUGAGAAAGACGUAGGCCCUUUUAACCCCCUUCUCUUAGGAAAACAGCUGCCAGGCAGGCUGGCAAAUGCUGCAAUAUAGGAGAAUAUCAUGAAAAGGUAUCUUUGGGGUGGGGUGCUUUCACACAAGCCGCCUGUAGGUAAGAGAGGAAGGAGGCCCCUAAAACUAGCCUUGGGGGGGGGGGCUUGCUGCCAGUCAAAUAUCCCUUCCAAAGUGGAAAGUGCUUGCUUAUCAUCACUGCAUGUUGCCAUUUGCCCUGAUUCAUUUUUUAAGCCUCAGCAAAGACGGAUGCUUCUCAAAUGUGAGAGAAUCGACUAAAUUCCAGGCGGAUUUACUUUGUUUUUUCCAGACCUCACAGGGGUGUUGAGGAGUGUGUGCCUCCCUCCCUCUUAAACUUCCUCCUCCUUGGCCCCUUUCCCUACAGCAGGAUCGGGCCUCUAGUGAACUUUGCAAAACGGAGGGUGCUGUAAAGCGUAAGGUGUUUUGCCCUGACUUUUUGCUGAGCAAUUCUCCCGGAAAUCGUGCUUUGUACGUUGGUUUUUGCAAUGUGUCUUUCUGAUGACUUCUCUGUCAGAGCCCCAAGCCGAACUAGGAAACUAUUAAUGCCUUUUACCUUCCAUUGCUUUCAGAAUCCAGGGCUGGCACUGAGGCCUCUUCCAGAAGCCAAAUCUGUGCCUUCUAUCUCAUCUUUGCCAGGAGUUUUUGUUGUGUGUGGGGGGGGAAAUCCCCCCUUCUCUGUUCCCCCUCUUAAUAUUAAACCCCUGCUCUUCAACUUUGCACUCCAUGACCGAUCCCAAACUGCCACGUUUAUCAAAACUGGAUUGCUUAAAUGCAUUGUAGCUGUUGGCAAGUUUUGUUCUUCUGUAUGCAGAUCUGCUUGUGGGAAGAAGACAAACUAUACCACUGGUUCAAAGCAUGGCUGUUUGUUUGUUUGUUUUAGGGAAAAAAGGGCAUUUUCAGUCUUACUCCAAUGUAUAAAGUUGAUGUUUUCUUUCAGGGCGUCUUCCCCUCUCUCCCCCACCCCGCAAUUUUUUUAUUUUUUUUAUUUGGUUGCCCUGCAAAUGUCAAAAAUGUUCAGCCAUCAUCUCAGCAGCAACUCCCCUGUCUCCCAGUUUCCAGCUCCAGUAUACCUAGCUGUAUACUGUGAGAUUUUGUUGAGCCUUGCGCAAAGAGAGGGGUGUGGGUCUGGGUGGGUGUUUCUGUGUGUGUGUGUGUGUGUGUGUGUGUUUUGGGUCCUUGCUGAUUCUGUAUGUGGACAAAACGGAUCUAUAUAAAUAUAUAUAAUAUUUUCUGUACCAUUCAUUCAGCUGAGUCUUUAUCCCCCUCCCCGUAUCUCCCAGUGUCAGCUGGCUCUCUCUCUGUGUGUGUGUGUGUGUCUCAAACCCACCUGGCUUGUAAGAGAAUGAUUUCACCCUAAACCGCAAAACUGGCAAACCACCACUCCUUUUGUUUAUUUUUAAAAUUGGCAGGAUGGGAGUUCUGUCUUCCUUUGAUGCCUCUCCCCUUUCUGGGGCCUUUGCUUUUUCCUCCCCCCCCCCAAACCAAACAACUCAGCCUUGGGUGGAUCUCUCCCCCAUCCGCAAAAAGUUGCCAUCUUGACACUUGUCCAGAGCCAAAGGGCUAAAGGCGGGGGGGGGGGGGAAUCACUCUGUUUAACUCUGCAAGUCGCCAUUAGAUGCCCCCUUUGGAGCAAUGCUACUCCCCCUCCAAAAAAAUGGCUUGUGUUGGGGAAUAUCCCUUCAAACCUCAAAGGAGACCUCCCCCCACCUGCCGCUUUCUUGAUUUCCCAGCCCAGGUUAAACUCUGGCUGUUGAAAUGGGCUGUGCCUACUGGAAUAGCAAGCCCUGUUGUGGAAUCCAAAUAUCCAUGUUUCGCACUGAUAGGAGGCCUUGGUGCCUUUUUUGGGAGAUGGGGGAGCUGUCUCCAAGGCUGUCUUAGCCACUUCUGGUCCAGAAUUUGGCCAAGAGCGUCGUGGCCUCUCGUCUUGAUCCAUCUCUCUAAACGCAGCCCUGUCCUGCGGGGAUUGUGGCUGUGGGUGUCUUUUGCAAAUUUGGGGCCCUCCUGCAACGGCUUGGGGAGAAACACUUCCUUCUAUUGCUGGUCUUUUCUUUCUUUCUUUUUUUACAUAUCCUCCCCCUGCCCCUUGACCUUUGCUCUCCACCCACCCAAGAGUGGCUUGUACCAUAGACUUUUGCCCGACAAAGGUGUUCGGCUGUUUUUAAAUGUGAACUACUGCGUUUUCAGGGUGCGGAUUCAACGUUCUUGUUACUGAAUAAAUUUUUAUUUUGAGAA